AUGAGACUCUCUCACCCUCUGUACGGCAGGCUGCUGCCUCCAGGGGUCUGCUACACGUGCGACGUGUGCGGCAAGACCUUGUCGACCAAAUUGACGCUCAAGCGGCACAAAGAGCAGCAGCACUUCCAGCCGCUCAAUAGCGCCGUUUGCGUCCUCUGUCACAAAGUGUUCCGGACUCUGAACAGCCUGAACAACCAUAAGAGCAUCUACCACCUGCUCGCCUCCAUGCCAGGGCUGACAUUGAACUCGCUGAGCACCCCGUCGGCCAAGAAGCUCUUCACCUGCCAACUGUGUGGCAAGGUACUUUGCAGCAAGGCAUCCCUGAAACGACACGUGGCGGACAAGCACGCCGAGCGACAGGAGGAGUACAGAUGCGUCAUCUGCGAGCGGGUCUACUGCUCGCGGAACUCUCUGAUGACCCAUAUCUAUACCUAUCAUAAGAGCAGACCCGGCGACAUUGACAUUAAGUUCUUUUGA